GUCCAGUCUCAUAGUCAUUUCUUCCUUUCUUUUUUUUUUUUUUUUAAUAAGUUUUCGAGAAAACAACUGGCGGAGUCUUCAUUUCCGGACUCUUCAAUGAAUUGGCGGAAAGAUCCGACACGAAGCGAAACAUCGAUUACCUUACCUUGACCACUGGAUUGAUAAGCGACUACAAAGUUCGUGAUAGCUCACACCCCGUUAUCGCCGAGGCAAGGAGGUUCUGAUCCUCUGGAUUCCGGUCGCUUGGCGAAGUGAAGAGGCGGAAUUUUGGCAUUGGUCUUUCCUCUCGUUCAUUUUACAAACUUCCAGCGUGUGCAAAUCACACGGUUCCGAGAUCAUGUCGUCUCAACUAGAGAUCUUCCUCAAGGCCCUUUCUCGCCUCUUAGGAUGGAUAUACACGCUAUGUUGGUCCGCGUCCUUCUAUCCUCAAUUAAUCUCCAACUUUCAGCGACGUUCGACAGUUGGAUUAGCCAUUGAUUUCCCCACCAUUAAUACUUUGGGAUAUGUGUACUACACUGCGUAUACGGCUGCCUUCCUAUACUCUCCAGUGAUUCGUCACCAAUAUGCCGCUCGUCAUCCCGGGUCCGAAGGGUCUACCGUGCGAUUUAAUGACUUUGCUUUUGCGGUCCACGCUCUUAUUCUCAGUGCCUUAACUUAUACGCAGUUUUGGCCCGCGAUCUGGGGAUUUAAGGUUUCGCGCUUCCAACGAGUUAGUAAGCCAGUCGCAGGCUUGUUCUGGGGCUCUAUCGUGGCCGUUGCUAUUUUAAUCUUUAUCGUCCUUGGUAAAAGCCCCGAUGGGGGCUAUGAUCCAUCCACCUGGGGAUGGAUCGACGUGGUAUACGGUCUAUCCCACGUAAAAGUACUGGUCACCGUCACCAAGUAUGUGCCGCAGGCUUGGGUAAACUAUAAGCGCAAAUCCACUCAAGGGUGGCAUAUUGGUCAAAUAUUGCUGGACAUAGCGGGCGGUGUCUUCUCCUUGGUCCAAUUGUUUCUUGACUCGAGUUUCCAGGACGAUUGGAGCGGCAUCACGGGAAAUCCUAUCAAGCUCCUGCUGUCGAAUAUCUCGAUCUUUUUUGAUAUUCUCUUCAUGGUCCAGCAUUACAUUCUCUAUAGGGACGCAGGUGAUAAAGGAGCCAAGCACCAGGAUCCAGAUGUUACCACCCCUUUGUUGACCGAGUCCAACGGCGUACAGAGGACGGAAGAUGUCUGAGAGGACUGUGGAGAGAUGCUGUUAAAGCUGUGUAGUAUUGGAAGGGAUGAUAUAUAUUUCUUUUUUCUUUUUCUUUUUCUUUUUCUUUCUUUUUUUUCCAUUUUUGGAUUGCUUGAUAGACUGUUGUUCUUCUGAGUUUGCCG